AUUAUAGGAAUAAAAUUGAAUUUUCCAUUCUCAAGUUUUAACUUUCAACUUUCAACAAAUGUUCAAAUGACUGAUAAGUACUAGUACCAAAACCAAAAUACGAAUGUUUUUUUAAUUGUUGUAAGACUACGAAGACGAGAAUUUCGUUUUACGCUCCUAGAUUAUUUGGUAUUGUGAAACCGGUUCAUCAAGUUAAAAAUAAUUAAAAGAUGUCAGAACGAGAACCUAUGAGUCAAAGUGGCUCCAGUCGUGACUAUGGAGCAACUGCAGCACCUCCUGCAGUAGGCUUCGCAGACUUUAGCCCAACCGAGUUGUAUAAUCUCAGUGAAGGGAUUGCUGAUAAUGUUAAUACUAUAAAUAGUGGUCUCCGUACUUUAGAAAAAAUGAUGAAACAGAUUGGCGGACCUAGUGAUAGUAUACAGCUAAGGGAUAAAAUCCAUGACACGCAACAGAAAGUGAAUAGCUCAGUAUCGGCAACUGCUCGCGACAUCCAGCGCUUAGGCGUAGUUGUCCGACGUGGCGAUAAACCCCAAAAAUUGCAGGUCGAAAGACUUACGCAAGCCUUCAGAGAUGCUCUCUCUAACUAUUCUUCCGUUCAGAAGAAAGUAACCGAAAAGAUGGCGGCGCAUAUGCCGACUCAGCCUCGUAAUAAGAAUGACCCCGAAGCGCUGGAGAGGCAGGCCAUCGCUGACGACGAAGAGGCCAGUCUACUUGCUAAUCAACAAGCACAGGCGCGUCUAGUUCAAUUUGAGACGAGCAUGCUGCUGGAGAAAGAGGCCUAUAUGAAUAAGAUUGAAGCUGAUGUGUUAGACGUGAAUCAAAUAAUGCAGGAUCUUGCUGAGAUGGUCAAUGCCCAGGCACAAUCUAUUGAUACAGUAGAAAGCCAUAUAGAGGCAGCGGGUGCCUCUGUGGAGGCUGGAGUUGAUGAAUUGGCGAAAGCUGCGGAAUAUCAAAGAAGGUACCGGAGAAGAAUGUUCUUUUUCAUCACCAUCGCUAUUAUAUUAGCCAUCCUUCUUAUUGUGUGGAUCGUUAAGGCUUUUAGAUAAAUUAUUUGUAUAUCCGAUAUAAAUUGCGUAUAACAAAAUUCUAAUAUAACAACUAAUUGUGUUAAUUCUUAUCAAUUCAUAUAGUUUUUAUAAGAUGUUUCCUAUAAAAAAAUAAUUUAGCAAUGUACUCCAUUUUACAUCUUAUAAAGUGAAUUAUUGCGAUAAAAAUAUAUGCUAAAUUUUAGUGUAGUAAGAAUUAGCACCAAUAUAAAAUCGCCUUAAAUUUGAAUUGAUUGAACUCUAUCUAUAUUCUUUCAAGAUUUAAUGGAACUUUAAUACACUGUAAACACAUAAACAAUGAAGGCAUUCACAUUUUUUUACUUUCAUAAUCGUUAUUUGUAGGUUAUAUGACUUCCAAACUUAAACUAUAACUAAAUCUCUAUUUUCAACCUACAAAAAUUUAAAACAUCAGGGUAGUGUAAAAAAAUUUUUUUAUCCUCAAAAUGUAUGUAUGAAUUUAGAUGUGCCAGUCACCUCUGGCCCUUGCCCCAAUAAUUCUUUAGAGAGUGGUUAUAAAUCUUGCCCAAAGUAAGCUAGUUGGUCCUUAAAAGUUCUUAAUACUAAUAAAGGACUGCGCGGGUAUUCUGUAAACUUAAAAUAUCGAUUGCUUUGCGUUGACUCCUUGUAUGUCAUUGUAUCGCACGGUUGCCAUAUGAAAAUUACAUUGAAAUUGCAUACAAAACGAGAUCGGUGUCCCUAUAAAAAUACAGAAUACCGGCGCCGCUUUAAAACAUGUUAAUUUUUUAUAAUUUUAUUACAUAAUUAAACGAUUUUAAAUGUAUAAUAACUCUAAAAAAAAGGUGUCACGAAAAAUUAAGGAAAUUCUAAAUUGACUGCAAAUCUUUAAAUAUUAUGCCAUUUACGAAUUUAAUUAUUAAUAUCUAAAUGCCAAACGUUGAUUUUUAAUUAUUAAAAAUACGAAAGUGAAUUAUGUAAGUCAUUCGAAAUGUCAAAACCUGUCAUUUUUGACAGUGUUAUUUGAAAAUAUUUUUAAAUUAUAGAUAUAUUUAUUUAUUACACUUAUUACGAAUAUGAGGUUAUGGUUUUAAAUUGCACACGUUUUUAUAUUUAGAUGGUUCGUGCAAUAUUUGUAAUCUUCUAUAGUAUAGGAACAUAACAUAAUGCAGCUGGUUAUAAUAAUACAAUGCAAACAUUCCCGAGAAUACUCUAUUAUUGUAUUGUGAUUGUACCUAUGUUAUAUGUUUUUAUAUAUAUACUAAAUUGUCUAUAAAGUAACGAUUACUAUUAUAUUCGUUAUUACGUAAAAAUAUUUAUGUGUUCCAUUUUAAUUAAAAAAAUUAUUACAUAAUUUCCUUUAUCGCGCGAUACCGAUUUAAAAUAUUUGCCCAGAUGAAAUAAUUUUUAAUUAUAAUUAUAAGUUAUUCGUUGCAAUGAAUUUAUAUUGGAGAGCACUUCUAAUGUAUACAAGCAUAUAUUACGGGGGUAGCGUUGCUUCUCGGUAAAGUUUCAACUAUACUUGGUUUAUUCAACAUUUCUUUCGUGGAAAACAUCGUAACCACGAUUACAUCUUCAGUCUACGUUUUAUUAGGCGGAAACUGUCUUCUUUUAAACGUACAAUGUUGUGUACCACACCAAAUAUACGACAUGUUUCAGGCAGCGAUGGAUGUACAUUUGCCACCAACCUCUGCAAUUCAAUUCUCUAGUUUAAAAUCAUAUAAAUUAAAUUAAAUUUUAAUAAAAAAUAAAUUAAAAUUAAAGUCACUGACUUUCAAGCUUAUACGUUGCUGAAUAAGUCCAUAAAAUGCAAGAUCGAUUAUUAGGUAGAGUUCGAUGCUCU